UCGUUUUGAGAACAUUUAAGUUUAUGUGCGAAACAAAGAAUUUUUGUUUUACGGACAUACAUGGAAACAUAAUAAACUCAAAUUAUCUUCGUGCGAAAGAAUAAAAAGAAUAUUCGGUGUUCCGGCCUGGCCUCACUAGCUUCAGCUAAAACUAAAUUGUAAAUAAGCCGCCAUGAUGGUUCACAAACAAACAACGAGUUACCGUAUACUUAUUGCGCUUUUGUAUUGAUAUAUUUGUUUAUAUAAUUUUGAAAACAUUUAAAACCAUGGAUUUUUGUUGUGUGUUUAAUUGCACUAAUCGUUCUGAAAAUUGUACAAAGUCAUUUUUUUGCAUUCCAACCAUACUUUUACACCACGACGAGGAAACUAAGCAACUCUCAACAGAAAGGAAAAAUAAAUGGUUUUGUGCAAUAAAACGUGAAGACAUGAAUUUCGAUGCAACUCACUAUAGAGUUUGUUCUGAUCAUUUCAUUACAGGGAAACCUGCUAAAUUAUUCGAGAAAUCUCACCCAGAUUGGAUACCGAAUCAAUCCAUGGGUUAUGAAAAAAAACUGACAGACAUUUCCAGACACAAACGUGCUAUUGACCGUCAACUUGUGAGAGGUGUUACAGAUAUCAUUCAGAAAAAAGAAGAGUUACAAGUUGUUGCAGCACCACCUUCCGUCGAUUUAAAAGAUUCAGUUUUAUAUUCCAUAAAUGUGAUUUAAAAUCAACAUCAUGCAAUUUUGAAUGAUUCAAAAUUACAUGAUAUUGAUUUUGAAGUGGUUGGUGAUGUUCUUUGUAAAAAUAAUUUCAAAGAUUCUUCAUGUCAAACAAGCUUAACAAACAAACACAUUAUUUCCAUGGAUGAAGAAUUAUCUUCAAGUAAAUCCAAAAUUUGUAAUUUGAUGUCAGAGUUGUCUAUUUUAAAUGUUGGUACAAUAGAAUGGUUUGUAUCAGACGAAAAAUUCUUUUUUUAUACAGGUCUUCCAAACAUGGAUGUUUUUUUUACUCUUUUUAAAUUUAUAAGAUCUUUCCUUCUGUGUAAAAGAUCAAAACUUUCAGAUUUUCAACAUCUUUCACUGACUUUGAUGCGUCUUCGGCUUAAUUUAACAUUAAAUGAUUUAGCUUAUCGUUAUAAUGUCAGUAUCACAACAGCCUCUUCUGUGUUUCUCAAAACAAUCGAUGUUUUAUAUGUGAGACUUGAAGAACUUAUAAAAUAGCCUGAUAGAGAGCAGUUAUGUAAGACUACCCCAAUGUGUUUCCGACAACAUUUUGGAACAAGAGUGGGAGUUGUUAUAGACUGCUUUGAGGUAUUUAUAGACAAACCGAAAAAUGCACUAGCACGUGCACAAACAUUCCUAUAAACACCACAACACUGUCAAGUUUUUAAUUGGUAUUGUUCCUCAAGGUGUUGUAAGUUUUAUUUCUAAAUCAUGGGGUGGUCGUGUUAGUGAUAAAUAUCUAACUGAAAAUUGUGGUUUUUUAUCAAAGUUGUUACCUGGUGAUGUUGUUCUGGCUGAUAGAGGAUUAAGUAUUGAAGACAGCAUUGCUUUUGUGCAGAGGUAAAAUUACCAUCAUUUACCAAAGGAAAACGCCAACUCAGUUCUUGGGACGUUGAGCAGACUAGAAAAAUAGCCUCAGUGCGAGUUCAUGUAGAGAGAGUUAUAGGUAAUAUUCGAAAUAAAUAUAAAAUUUUACAAAGUACAAUUCCUCUGGACUACUUGAUAAAACAGAAUAAUGGCCUUACUACAAUGGACAAAAUUGUUACAAUAUCAUGUUCAUUAAUAAAUUUGAAUGAUUCUGUGAUACCAUUUGAUUAACCAUAUGGUUAGAUGAAGAAAUGCAGCAAAA